AUGUUUGCCGUUGAAGUCUUAUCAUUUGAUAAGUUGGAACACAAGCCGCAUGCAAACAACCUUAUCAUGGUAACAUUCUUACUGGAGACGCUCAAGUUCAUCGCAGAAUCCAGUGCAUUCGGGCGUGGACAUAUAAACGUCAAACUGGAGGAGUUACACACUUUGCCGGGCCCUGAGGCAGUAGCGGAGAAUGCCAGCGAGGAAUGCCUUGCUAGGAACUCCAAUUACUCUGAAAACUACUGCCAGCCCUACUUCGAUGGCCUUUUGUGCUGGGAUGCCACCCCUUGGAAUACUUUAGCUGUGCAAAAGUGUUUUAGUGAAUUCCAUGGAGUACAGUACGAUGACACCCAAAAUGCUUCCCGUCUCUGUCUGGAGGGUGAAUGGCACAAUUACACAAACUACGCAAACUGUACCGAACGGAUAGCAAAUGUCUCUCCUACAGAUGUCACCAGCCUAAUAUACUUAGCCGGUUAUACGCUCAGUUUAGCCGUUCUCUCUUUAGCUGUUUUCGUUUUCCUAUAUUUCAAAGACUUGCGAUGUCUACGUAAUACUAUACACACUAAUCUUAUGUCCACUUAUAUAUUAUCAGCAUGUAGUUGGAUGUUGAAUUUAGCUUUACAGAACUGGUCAGAUGAGGCUCAGCAAGAACAGACAUCUUGUAUGAUCCUUGUUAUAUGCAUGCAUUAUUUCUAUUUGACGAAUUUCUUUUGGAUGUUAGUGGAAGGUCUUUAUUUAUACAUGUUAGUUGUGGAAACGUUUACUGCGGAAAAUAUCAAAUUAAAAGUUUAUACGACCAUAGGAUGGGGAGCUCCAGCUAUAUUCAUCACGAUAUGGGUUAUAGCUCGUUGUUUCGUCUCUGUGGUGCCCUCUACAGGACCAGACGGGUUAACCAUCACUGGCGAAACCAAAAUGUGUCAAUGGAUCCAUGAACACCAAGUGGAUUGGAUCCAUAAAGCACCAGCUCUUGUUGGACUUGCCCUCAACCUAUUCUUCCUUAUUAGGAUUAUGUGGGUACUAAUAACAAAGCUACGGUCGGCUAAUACGUUAGAAACGGAGCAAUACAGGAAAGCGACAAAGGCUUUGUUAGUUUUAAUACCACUAUUGGGCAUCACAAACCUUCUAGUGCUCUGCGGACCCAGUGACGAUUCUUGGUUCGCGUACACUUUUGACUAUACUCGAGCCGUAAUGUUAUCAACACAGGGUUUCACAGUAGCACUUUUCUACUGCUUUAUGAACACAGAAGUUCGACACGCUAUAAGAUACCAUGUUGAGAGGUGGAAGAAUGGCCGGAAUAUUGGAGGUGGAAGGCGAAGAGGGGCUUCUUAUUCUAAGGACUGGUCUCCAAGAUCCAGGACUGAAAGUAUCCGGUUGUACAGCCACCCGUCGAAAAGAGAAUCGGCUGCUUCGGAAACCACGACUACAACACUUCUGGUUCCACGAAUGUCUCUUGCUCCACAUCACGAUGGAAGACACCUACACGCUGAUUACAUCACAAGUGGCAGUGCAAGCGGGGAGCAGUCACCUGUGUGAGGUGCGGGGCGGGGGAGGUGUUUAUCGCGCCUGAACACUCUGCCCGAGGAGGACGUACUGGCCGCCUCCCCCGCCUCACCUGCAUCACCUGCAUCGCCUACAUCACCUCUAACACCUGUCCCCUUUCCACGAUCGCGAAGCCCUCUCCCACAUACACAAACGUGCAACACAGACACAUCACAAACUUUUCUCAAUACUAACUCCGACUACCUCAACCUAAAUUGAUCUCUUUAACUAAACCUGUUAGUAAAAACAGUACAAUAGACUAAACUGAUACAAUGUUAUAUUUAAUAUCGCUUUAUAUGAACUGCGUUUAGACUUUAUAAAUAGGCUACUGGAUAGUAUAUAAUAUAUGGACUUGCUUAUUGAUUCGUUCUAUUGUGUUUAUAGGGUAACUAAACUUUAAGAUAAAAAAAAGAAAAUUUAUUUUUUUGUAAGACUAUAAAUUUAAGAAUUUAGGCUUCGCUUAAUGUAAAGGAUAAAGUAUAAUUUAGGUAAGUGUAAAACAUGUUUAUUCCUUAAAAAAGCUGUUGUUAGGUAUACAUAAGUAUUGUUUAAUAUUUAUCACAAUAUCAAAUUAGAAAUGGCUUUAAGAUUUCAAAGACGUUGGAAUGAAACUAAUACCGGAACGUCGGAUGAAAUUUUAAAGCGAAACCAUAGUUUCAUUACAAAAUGCUUAUCCAAAUUUUAACGUUGUAAAACAACGGCCAUUUUUUUAUUAUAAAAAAAAAUGUAACUUGUUUAAAUUAUUAGAAAUAAAUUGUAUUUAUCUUUAUUUAUACACGUAUAUUAUAUUAUAAUUAUAGUAAUUAUAUUUCCAUUAAACCUUCGAUAAUAUUGGUAAGGACAUACAAAGCUAUAUAAUUGCAUAAUUAAUGUUUAAAUUCACGUUUUCUAAUAUUCAUAUUUUAUUGUAAAUAUUGGAUACAUUUAAAUGUUUUAAGAUAAUUUCUGAAAUAAAUGCUUUAUCCCAUGAAAUAUUUUCUUAAAAAAAUAUUCUAGAAGUAAUGAGAAACACAGCAGUCAUAAAUUUCUACUGUAAAUAGAAGCCCGCUGUUAAGGUAUUACAAAAAUGUUUUUAGCGGAGAUUUAUAUAAUAGUAUAUACUAUGUGUAAUUUGUACGUUAUGACUUGCUAAAUAUAAAUACAUUAUUUACUAACUACUAAAUACCUCUUAUAAGCUUCCACGUUGUAGACAUUAAUACAUUAACUUGUUUUUGCCCGCGACUUCGUCUGCGUUAAUUUCGGUGUUAGUAACAUAUUUAUAGCUGGCCGGGAGAACUCUUUUCCGACCUAGAGGCCAUAAAUAACCAGAUGUUUAUCAAGUUUUUUUCUUCAGAACAAAAUGAAAUAUUCUAUAUUCGUCUCCUGGUUCUAAUCUAUCUCCCCACCAAUUUUCGACCAUAACCCUAAAGCCGUUCUUGAGUUAUAAAUAGUGUAACUAACACAAGUUUCUUUUAUAUACAUAUAUAGCUAUGUAAAAAAAACAUAUUUACCUAUUUACUUAAUAAAUAAAAAAGCGAAAUAAGGAGAGUAGUGUAUUUUGUUAACAUAUAACUAUAUACUUGUGACUAAAUGUUGCCAAAGCUUGUUUAUAUUCAUAUACACGUUUAAUUAAUAAGUGUAAUUAAAAUAAUUGGGAAACAAAACGCUAUAUGUAUAAAAAAAUAUUAGCAUAUCUUAGUAAUACAUAAUAGUUUAUUUACAUGAAUAAAAGAUGUAUACAAAAAUAAGCUAGUAGGUAAUUUUUUUAUUAUAUGUAAAAUAUAAUGAAAAAUGUUUGUAAAACCUUGUACCUACGUGUGAUUAAUGUAUUUACUUAAAUUACACUACCGUUAGUUUAUCUCUGUAUAUGCGUUAUACCCUCUUCACACAGACAUGUAUGUGACAAAACAAACAAUGUAUUACAUGUUUAUAUAUUUAAUAAAUUGUCAAUCAAA